ACCGCCGACAGCAUGAAUUAUUUCAUAUUUUCCCGUUCAAAUUAAAAUAAAAGUUUUUAUAAUAAAUCGACGACUAAAAUGAAUAUAAAAGCAUUUUUUGAAAUUUUCUCAGUGGUCUUUGUAUAUUUAUAAUAAAGUUAAUCGAAGUAAUUACGUAAAUUCUUUAUACACGGUGGUGUUUUACCAAAUUAGGUUAGGUGCGACUUGAAACAGUAUCUUUUAAAUAUAAUUAUGACUUAUUCCGAAGGAAACGGGUUUAUAGAUCAACCAGGCGUUGUUGAAAAUGGGCACCAGCGGUACACUAUUCGACAAGCAUAUGAAAAUGGCGGCAUCAAGGCCGGGGCUUCCCGCGCAGCCGGCCUCGCCUACCGCGUGCUGUCACGUCGCAAGGCGGCCGAGGAGGGGGUGGCCCGCCUGGCCAGGGUCCUGUCGGCUCUGGACCUGACCGCGCUCGGUGUCGGCAGCACCCUGGGCGUGGGGGUCUACGUGCUGGCCGGAGACGUCGCCAAGAACUACGCGGGGCCGGCGGUUAUUCUGUCGUUUUUGUUGGCGGCCGUUGCCAGCGUGUUUGCUGGUCUAUGCUAUGCGGAGUUCGGAGCCCGCGUACCCAAAGCUGGCUCGGCAUACGUGUACAGUUACGUGUGUGUGGGUGAAUUCAUCGCCUUCAUCAUCGGUUGGAACCUCAUACUGGAGUAUAUUAUAGGAGCGGCAUCAGUUGUGAAGGCUCUCAGCGAGUAUGUGGACUCACUUCUGGACAAGGCCAUAUCCAGCUCGCUGCAGGCCGCAUUCCCUAUGGACUCCCCUCACCUGGCCAGCUACCCGGAUAUACUCGCUUUCACCGUCAUCAUGGCGUUUUCUGUGGCCCUAGCGUUGGGCGUGAAGGAGUCGACGAAGUUCAACAAUAUCUGUACAGGAGUCAACUUGUGUGUCGUGUUAUUUGUCAUCAUAUCGGGAUCCUUCAAAGCUGACACGAGAAACUGGCGCAUCCCGCCAUCGGAGGUUCCCCGCGACUUCGGGCGCGGCGGGUUCGCGCCGUACGGGCUGGCCGGCAUCAUCCGCGGCGCCGCCGUGUGCUUCUACGGGUUCAUUGGAUUCGACUGCGUCGCCACCGCCGGCGAGGAGGCUCGCCAGCCCCAGAAAUCGAUUCCGUUCGCCGUGGUGGCAUCGCUACUGGUCGUGUUCCUGGCGUACUGCGGCGUUUCCACCGUGCUGACUCUGAUGCUCCCGUACUACAUGCAGGACGAGAAGGCGCCGUUCCCGUUCGUUUAUGACCAUUUGGGGUGGAAGUGGGCGAAGGUCGCCGUCAGCGUCGGCGCCACGUGCGCCUUGGCGUCCAGUCUCCUCGGCGCAGUGUUUCCACUCCCGCGCAUCAUCUACGCGAUGUCUUCGGACGGGUUGCUGUUCAAGUUCCUGGGGCGCGUCUCCGAAAGGUUCCAGACCCCGCUGGUGGGAACGAUGAUAGCUGGGCUGUUUACAGGCACUUUGGCAAUGAUCUUCCGAUUAGAACAGCUGAUCCACAUGAUGUCGAUCGGGACUCUCCUGGCGUACUCCAUGGUGGCUUCCUGUGUUCUACUACUCAGAUACGAGCGCAGCCAAUCAUCUCACCGCUCAUCUGAAGCGCUGAACCUCACGUUCAGGAGCGCAUUCAGGCAGCUGGUCAACGCUGAUCAUCAUCUCACACCGACUAGACUCAGCUCGGCCAUUGUUUCAACGCUGGUGACUUUGUAUUGUACCUGGUGUUUCCUAACGAUGUGGACCAUCAACCAGUACGGGGAGGACAUCCUCCGAGGCUCUGUCGGCCCCGCCGCGCUCACGGGCGCGGGCGCGGCGCUGGCGGGCUGCACCCUGUACGCCAUCUCGAGGCAACCGGUGUCUGAGAAGAAACUGGCUUUCUCUGUGCCGCUGGUGCCGUGGCUUCCCGGCAUAAGCAUCCUGAUCAACGUGUACCUGAUGCUGAACCUGGAUUACAUGACCUGGGUGCGAUUCGCCGUGUGGUUGGCGGCUGGCCUCCUCAUCUACGCGACCUACGGCGCUUGGCACAGCUCGGAGCGGCGUCGAACCCACGACGUUGUCCAGCUAGCCCAGCUCCACGCCGACAGCCACACCGCGCUGCUGGCGCACAACGGGCUCCAGCACACCCUGGGCUGACAGGAGCUGACCAGCCCCAGGGGUACUAUCGUCAGUUUCAUAUCCAGCAUCUAGGUUUAGAUAAUAGUGAGUGAUUGCAGAAUAGGUUGUACAAGAACCUCCUUGUUUUAACAUGGGUUGCAGCCCUGGGCUGAUGUGAUUUGGUGACCCCCAGGUGGAAUCGAGGGUCAGUUUUACUUCCAGCAUUUAGGUUAAGUUAAUGAUUGCAGUAUGUAUUGCAUGACAUUGGAUUAUAAUUAACUUAUCUGUCCAGUUAUGAGCAUCGCAUAUCUUUGUUACCAGAAGUACAACCACAUACCAUGAAUCAGAAUAAAAAAAACAUACGUCUAUAUCCCUUGCGGGGUAGACAGAGCCAACAGCCUUGAAAAGACUGAACUGACGUUCAGCUAUUUGGCUUAAUGCUAGAAUUGAGAUUAGUUUUAAAUAGUGACAGGUUGCUAGCCCAUCGCCUAAAAAGAAUCCCAAUUUUGUAAACCUAUCCCUUAGUAGCCUUUUACGACAUCCGUGGGAAAGAGAUGGAGUGGUCCUAUUCUUUUUUUUGUGUAUUGGUGCCGUACACGGCAUCAGAAAAAAAACCUGUCAAAAUGUCAAAACGAUGAUAUCAAAUUAAAGGCAAAUUUCAUGUUAUGAAGUAUUGAUUUCUCUCUGGGACAAAUGUAUGUACCUAUGUCAGUGUUCAUAAUUGUAUGUUUGUAAUUUUGCUCUGAAAAAAUUUCCUCACCGAAUCCAUCUCAACUAAUAUUAUAAAAUGCGAACGUAAGUUUGUUUGUUUGUUGUUCCUUUUACGCGUUAUCUAAUGAACCAAUCUUCUUGAAAUUUUGAACUAAAAGUCUGAAGAUGACAUAGGGUACUCUUUAUCAUGGCAAAAAGUUCCCGUGGAAUUUGCGAAAAACCCCGUAUUCUUUUGUAAAUGGCGCUUAAUUCGCUCGGGCGAAGCUGCGGGUAAUAGCUAGUUAUACAUAUAAUAAGUGUGAAUGUAAUUCGGUUGGCACAUCUAUAAACAGCAUUAAGUGAGAUUAAAGUUACAGCUUAAUCAUUUAAGUGUGUAUGUGUAUUUCUGAUUUUUAUUAUUUAUUUAGUGUAGACAUAGCGUUAGCGUAGAAAUGUAAUUUUUUUUUAUAACGUGAUGAAAUAUAAUUAUUGUGAUCGAUCAGUUAUUAAAAUUAUUCACGUAAUUUAAUUUUAAUAAUGUACUUAAGAAUCUCCGUACAAGUUCCUUUAUAUAGUAUUGUACCAAACCUAUCUUCACUUUAUUUUUUUAAGUAUAAAGUAAAUAAAAAAGUAUUCCUUUAAUGAUAAAAAAUAAAACACGAAGAAUGUGGAUGAUGCAAAAAAAUUAUGGCGAGGUGGUAUUAAGAUUGAUAGAUAUAUUUGAGUUUGACAGCUGUCAUUCUAAACACCCGCUUCUUUGCUGCCGCUUCCAAUGUAGAAGAAGCGGUAACAAAGUGCACUGCAGCAUUUACUUAAACAACGUCAACUUCACAAUUAUACAAAAUUAGAAUUAGAAAUGUGGACCAGAGAAAACAUUGUUAUGAUGUAUGGAUUUUAUUGAAAUUUAAGACAUUUGAGACAUAAAUAUAAUCAUGCCUAUAUCCCUUGCGGAGUAGACAAAACCAACAGUCUUGAAAAGACUGAAAGACAAAUUCAGCUGCAUGGCUUAAUGAUUGAAUUGAGAUGAGUUUGACAGUUGUCAAUAAAAGGUACAAGUCUUUUGUUGAUUUAAAAAACAUUGUGAAAUCGUAUUACCUUAAAUGACAUCAAUUUAUUGUGAACUAUUUGUUUUUUUUUUUAUAUUAAGCACUGCCUCAAGCAACCAAGUAAAUAAUUUUAGGUUAAAACCGUAAAAGAAAAAAUAUAUGUUAAAAAAUAUAUUUUGCACUUCUAUUUAUUUGUAUGUCUUCAGUAUUAAUCGCGCGAGGCUGUGAAGCAGUGUAAAAUUAACUUCGCUGAAAAUUUAAAUAUUUAUUUAUUUUUGGUUGAUAUUAUGUUUGAUCUGUUUUGUAAUAGUAUGUGAAUAUAUAUAUUAUAUAUAUGUAAUCUGACUUGGUGAAUGAAAAAUUAUUAUCAUACAGAUUUUUACAAAAAAAAAAUUGUAACAUUAAAAUUCGGACUUAAUUGUAAUUUUUUUGUUUAUUUUUAUAUAUUUUAAAUAAGAUCAUAACAAUGUAAAAAAAAUAAAUGUACCACUAUGCUAUGCUUUUAAAUAUUUUUGAUUGCAAUUUUAUCUUUAUAGUAUUUUAAAUAUUAGAAUAAUUCAUAAUUUAAUAAGGAUUUAUUAUGAUGCAAGUAGGAUUAUAGUUAUCAGAAUAUUAUCGGACCAAUAUUGAUUUUGGCUGUAUGUAAUUGUUAGUUAGGCAUAUUUAUACUCGUAGUAAAAAAAUGGCUAAGCCAUGGCUAUGUGUAUUGUAGUUGAAAUAAAUAUAUGUA